AUGAGGCACGGAACUCUUUUAAGUCAAAAGCCGAACACAGCUACUAAGCAUCCUGAAUGGCAUGACGCCAUGACUAAAGAGGUCAAUGCACUUCUCAAAAAUCAUACAUGGUCUUUGGUUCCUUCCUCUCCUUCUCAGAACUUGGUUGGGUGCAAGUGGGUUUUUCAGAUUAAAAGUCAUUCUGACGACUCCAUUGAACGCUUUAAAGCCCGUCUAGUUGCCACCAUUUGCAUUGUUCUCAGUCUUGCAGUUUCUCGUGAUUGGUCCCUUUGUCAACUUGAUAAUACCUUUAUCCAUCGGUUUCUUCAAGAAGAUGUCUACAUGGCUCAACUCCCUAGUUUCAUUGAUCCCACUCGUCCUUCUCAUGUUUGCAACCUCCAUAAAGCAUUCUAUGGCCUCAAACAAGCACCUCGUGCUUGGCUCUAUCGCAUUAGUCUCCCAUACUAUCUUUCUUCUUCUAUAUGUCGACGACAUCAUGGUGGCCACUUUGACACCAAAGACCUUGGUUCGCUAAGCUAUUUCUUAGGUUUACAGGUUCUCCUCUAUGUCUCUAAUGGUGCUCUAAUCUCCAACCCAACCGAGUAUUGCAAGCUUGUUGGUAGUUUACAGUAUCUCACUCUUACUCGUCCUGACAUAUCUUUUGUCGUCAACAUUGUUGCUCAGUUCAUAACUCACCUCUUCCCCUACUCUGAUGCAAACUGGGCUGGGUGCCUUGAUUCUCGUUGGUCAACCACUGGAUAUGUGAUUACUCUUGGAACUAACCUCAUCUCAUAG